CGAUAGAUGACGCAUACCCAGUGGUGCGGUACUGCGAUGUGCUUUAUGAUUGUGAUAUGCUUUAUCCACUUUAAUAUUCCUGAUAUUCUACUUAUAAUCAAUUGAUUUGCGACGGUACAAAUUUUUUAAAGCAAAAUGUUCUCAAAGAAAGAGAAACCAAAACGGCAAACACGGCCUGCUGGUAGUCUUGCACAGUAUGGAAUUUUCGAAGUCCCAGAAACUUUUGAUAACUUAGGCAAUGACUUCAUGGGAGAUGAUGAUAAUGAUGAUGAUUUAGAAGCUGAAUUAGCAGCUUUAACAACGGGUGAUGACAGUACUCCGAGACCUAAACAAAGAGCAGUCCGUAAACCAGUUCCUAAAGCAGAUUUAGAUGCGAUGAUAGCUGAAAGUGUAAAAGAUAUAAAUGACGAAGAUAUAUCUGAUGGAGAAGAUGAUCCAGAAUUAUUGAGUGAGCUCAAGAUGAUAACAGGUGAUGAAUCUGAUGAAAAAGCUUCUCCAGAAGUAGAAGAAAGUACAGAACAAUCUGAAUCUCAGGGAGAUAAUAAACACAAUACUAUUGUAUUCUUACAAGAGAGAUUGAAAAUGUAUCAAAUUGCUGAGAAAAAAGCUAAGCAAGAAAAUGAACCAGGAAAAGCAAGAAGAUUUGGAAGAGGAAUUAAAACACUUAAAGAACUAAUACAUAAUGCACAAGAAGAGAAAGAUAUUGAUGAAAAUGAUAUACCACCACCAUUGCCUUCAUCUGCUACAGGAAUAGUAUCACAAAGUAAUGAAUCAAAACCAGAGGACAGUCCUGCGGCUGAAACUAUUACAGAAACAGAAAACAAUACUCCCCAAGAACCUGUUCCUGCAAAAACUAUAGAUGAAGAAGCAUUACAAUUAUUAAAAAGUAGACAGCAAGAAUAUAAAGUGGCAGCAGUAGCGUGGAAGAGGGCAGGCAACAUAAAAGAGGCUCUUCAAUAUAUAAGUGUAGUAAAACAGUUUGAUAUAGUAAUUGCAGCAGUAACAGCAGGAGAUACAGUUGAUUUGUCAGAUAUGCCACCUCCUCCAAAUACCCCUGAAUCAAAUACUCCUAUUGCGUCACCUGAGAAAACAGAAAAAGUAGAAAAUGAAACCCAAGGAACAUCAUCUGCAGAACCUACUGGGGAAGCCGAAGUAAAACCAGCUACUGUAGAAAAUUUAGAACUGGCUUUGAAAGAACGACUUGAAGUGUACAGAAGAACAAAAACUGCUGCAGAGAGUGAAGGAAAUUCUUCGAAAGCUCGCAGAUAUGGCCGUAUUUGCAAGCAAUUCGAAGAUGCCCUUAAAUUACACGCUCGGGGAAAACCUGUUCCUUUGGAUGAAUUACCAACUCCACCUGGUUUUCCACCUCUUUUUGUUGCCACACAAUCUAGUACACCUGUUCCAGCAGUGGAAAAAGGUGAAGAACAACCAGAAUCAACACCACAGACAAUUCCAGAUUCUGAACCACCCGAGGAAAAAAGUAGUCCAAGCCCAAAAAGUCCGGUUUCUCCUCCAAGAGCACAAAGAGGAAAGAAGCAAAGUCAGAAAGUAACACGCGCGGACAAACAACUAGCUUUAUUGCAGCAGCGUCAACAUGAAUUAAAGCAAGCUGCUCUAAAUGCAAAAAAAGACGGAGACAUAGAAUUGGCACGCACUUAUUUACGGCAAGCGAAAGGUAUGGAUCCUUUGAUUGAAGCCAGUGUAGCUGGAUUACCAGUUGACAUGAGUUCUAUACCACUAUCACCUCGUGCAAAGAUUGAACUAAACGAUAGCAUAACUAGUUCGGGAGAUGACACUUUCGUGAUACUCAAUAAUGAAGAUGGUUUGGAGGAAGCAACAGCAACAGAUGAACAAAUUUAUGAAAAUCUUGAAUCGCAAUUAAUGAAGCAAAUUAAGUGGUGUUUAUGUACAAGAGAUCAUUCAAAAGCAUUGGGAGAUGUACCUGGAUAUAACAGAUGGGAACGACUUGCAUUGAGUUAUAAGAAAGAUUUAGAUAUGUUAAGAGUUCGGAAACGUGAUGCACUACCACCCCCACUACAUCAUUACGAAACGAAAACUUAUGCCAUAGUUCAGAGUUGUACAGACUUAAGCGAUGGUGACGUAGAAAUUUCAAUAAUAAGAGGAGUAAAUUAUUCAAAAGAAGGAGAUACAUAUGUCAUGUUUGAGUUCCCUUAUCCAUCGGAUAAUCCUCCAGCCGAUAGAACGGCUACUAUUAAAGGAACUUGCAAUCCAGAAUACCAAGCAGUUUUCCCGUUGACCGGUAUAAUAGAUCGUUCUUCAAGACAGUGUCAACGAGCUUUCAAAAGACAUGCAUUAAAAUGUCAAGUUUGGGCAAAAGGAUGCUCGCUGAAUCCGUUCCUGUGUUGCACUAAUCCAAGCGGAUUCUUCAGAAGUGAUAGUCUCUUAGGUACAGUAACGGUUAAAUUACAACCCUUGGAAAGUAAAUGCGAACUUCAUGAUUCAUUUCCGCUGAUGGACGGAAGAAAAGCAACAGGUGGGAAACUUGAGUUGAAAAUACGACUAAGAAAUCCAAUUCUCACGAAGCAGAUAGAGCAAAUUACGGACAAAUGGUUAACUAUUGAUCAUUAAUUCAGUACUAAGGAAUUGUACCUGUUUGCUUCGCCAGUAAUUGUAUUAUUGUCGCCACAGCAAUGUUGUUUCAAUCGUGAUGUGAUCAGGAAGAUACUACAUAUUUUGCUUGAUUAGAUAUUAUCGAAGUGUUCGGAGUAUUUGCGAAAUGGUGAUUUAUACGUUUUAAUAUGAACAUUCAGUCACAUGCUAUUUGCGAAAAAUAUGUACAGUAUAUAUGCACAAUUUAAUAUGUAAAUAAUGGAUCAUAUAUUGUAUAUUCUAAAACGCGUUAUAUGUUAACAGUUAAUAAUUUUAUUUUUAAUCUUAAUAUAUAAAAAGAAGAAAAAACGUA